ACCAGAUUGGGUUGGCUUCAUAUAUAUGUUAUUCACUUACCUAUAGGCAGAAUAAAGCAGGAAAAAACACUUUACCAUCACCAGAAAUAAAGGAGAAUUUCCUGGUUCUUGUCUUCCUUUAGCUACAACAAAAUCCCAAGUUUUCUGUCUUUUUUUUUUGUUUUUCCCCCUUUUAUUAAUAUAAACAAAUAAUCCUGCUUUUGGUGUGUGUGAUGAGCAUCAAGAAUUAGGAAUAAGAGAAAAAGAAAAGAACAAGAGAGUUUCAUUUGGAAGAAAGACAAAAAGUUUAUUGUAUUUUUUUUAUUAAAAGAUCUCUCUCUCUCUUUUUUCUUUCCCCGUUCCAUGUCAAAUAUCACAGGUGACGGAGGUAGUUUCUCUUCUGAAGCUCAACAAGAAGAGCAAGAACGAGCAAGAAACUUUCAUGGCUCAACGAACAGAAAUGGCUCCACUGCUCCACCACCAGCCAAGAAGAAACGAAACCUUCCAGGAACUCCUGAUCCCAAUGCGGAAGUGAUUGCUUUAUCACCAAAGGCACUUUUGGCGACGAAUCGUUUCGUGUGUGAAAUAUGCAACAAAGGGUUCCGAAGGGACCAAAACCUUCAGCUCCACCGUCGAGGGCAUAACCUGCCGUGGAAGCUUAAGCAAAGAAGCACAACCGAGAUACGCAAAAGGGUUUACGUUUGCCCCGAGCCGUCAUGCGUCCACCAUAACCCGGCUCGAGCCCUAGGCGACCUCACCGGGAUCAAGAAGCAUUUUUGUCGCAAGCAUGGCGAGAAGAAAUGGAAGUGCGAUAAGUGCUACAAGAAAUACGCCGUGCAAUCUGAUUGGAAAGCUCAUUCAAAGACCUGUGGCACCAAGGAAUACAAAUGUGACUGUGGCACCAUUUUCUCCAGGAGAGACAGCUUUAUAACGCAUCGAGCUUUUUGUGAUGCCCUAACUGAAGAAAACAACAAAGCAAGCCAAGGACUAGUAGCAAACGUGGGAUCGGCAAAUGUACUAGGCCGCGUUGCUGCUGCUUCUGAUCAGCUCAUCCCCGCAAUUCCCAUCAAUAACAACCGGAAUCCAUCCGCCAUCUGUAUAUCAGAUCCAUUCGCCAACGACACUAAAAGCUCUUUGCAGCAGCCGUUAAACAUGGCGGGCACCAUGUUUUCAAACGGUGUUUCGAACUCUUCUGCCUCCUCUUGCUUGCAGCUGAAUAUGAAUCCGUCGACGACCAUAUUUGACGGAAACUGCGGGCAACUCUUUUCCGGCUCGACCUCCAUGUCCGCCACUGCAUUGUUGCAGAAAGCAGCUCAAAUGGGUGCAACCUCUAGUACUUUCACCACAAGUACCAUGGCGUCACCAUCGUUUGUUUCAAUGCAAGCUCAAGAUGAUAACAACAACAACAACAAUCUUGGGAUGUUUUCAGGGAUUUUCGAGCAAAACAAUGCGUUGUUGAAGAAUUCAGAGACUCCAAGAAGUCGGACUGGUUUAUCAGGUUUCGGUGCUGAUACAAUGACGGUUGAUUUCUUGGGGAUUGGUGGAUCGAGACCACCAAGGAAUCUACUUGAGAAGCAUCAACAUCAUCAUCAGCAACAGCAUGACUUUGAUCAGUUUGCAGGAGCCAGACUGCAAGGGUUGCGUCAUUGUCAGCAACAUGCAGCGUUGGAGAAACCAAUGUGGAAAGUUUAAAAAGAAUAAAAGUAUUCAGCUUAGCUAUCUCCAACUACAACUCCCCUUUGCCUGUAACUUCUUUUAUCACUUUUCUUUUUGCAGUCUAUUCAUGUAGCCAUGGAUCAAUGUUUAAGACAAAUAUAAAUGUUCUUGCUAAAGAGCA